UAUCCCACAACAACUUCCACAAAACAGCAACAGAAGAAGGCCUCAACUCCGCUCCGUGAUAAAGCCACCGUGCAUCGGCUCGCUAUAGCGGCGGCCGUGUUAUGUCAACCCGCACGUCUCUCUGCUGCCGUUGCCAAUGUCAAACCGCCUAUCAGCUCCUCUCGUAAUUCCGCCCCUCUUGUCCAGAUGUCGUCUCCAAACGCUGUGGUCAAUUUUUGUCUCACCACAAUGUAACAAUAGAGUAUGUCUCUACUACAUACUCACUCCUCUGUCCCUGGUCUUCAUGUAGCCAGUGCCGCCGCCAACGUCAUACCCUCCAACGAAGGUCGACGGGCGUACCCUGGGUUCGGGAGGGAGCCGCCUGCACAUGAUGAAGCCGACCCGUCGUGACCUCUUUUCUCUCCUCCCACUAUGGCCCUCGGAUAUAAAGAAGGACUUUCGAACCCCUCGUGAGCACACUGUGAAUCCGCAUGUCAUCCCCCAGAAGAACCUGAUAUUCCGGGUAUACCGCCGCACCCUGGGUCCGUCUAUCACUGGGUCGCUCUAGUCUCUUCACGCGCUGUCCUUCCCCAAGCUCGUCUCUCUACAUCAAGCCUCGCUCCGAUACCAUCACCAUGACCGGCAACGUGUGGUUUAUCACCGGCGGAAGCGACGGCUUCGGCCGCGCCAUCGCCCUUGAGGCCCUGAAGCGCGGCGACAAGGUUGUUGCUACGUCGCGCAACCUAGCCCGCAUGGCCGAUCUCGCGGCCGCCGGCGCCCUCACCUUGGCCCUCGAUGUGACCGCCGACGACGCCACCAUCCAGGCUGCUCUCCGGAAGGCUAUCGACGCCUACGGACCGAUCACCCACUGCCUCAACUCGGCCGGGUAUGCCAUCCAGGGCACCAUCGAAGAACUUUCGGCUAAGGAGGUUGCCGACCAGUUCGCGACCAACGUCUUAGGCACCCUCAACGUGACGCGCAACGUGCUGCCCAUCAUGCGGCCGCGGCGGCGGGGCGUGAUCGCGAACUUCGGCAGCCUCUGGAGCUGGGGCGGCGGCCCGGGGCUCGGGCCGUACGUGGGGACCAAGUGGGCGGUGUCGGGGUUGACGGAGUCGCUGGACGCCGAGGUGCGGGCGCUGGGGCUCGCCGCCGUCGUCAUCGAGGCGGGCUACUUCCGCACCGGGAUUGCCGCCGGCAACCGCGUCACCGCGGCGCGCCGCCUGGCCGCCGAGUACGCCGGCCUUGCCCUGCCCGCCGGCGCCCAAGGUGCCCUCGAAGGCCGCCAGCCCGGCGACCCCGCCAAGGGCGCGCGCGUCAUCGUCGACGCCCUCACCCGCUCCGGCGCCGCCGCCGGCCGCGACAUCCCCCCGCGCCUCGUGCUCGGCCGCGACGCCCUGCGCUUCAUCCGUGACAAGCUCACCGCCACCCAGAGGCUGCUCUCCGAGUGGGAGGACGUGAUCGUCAGCACCGACUACGACGACAUCGCGUAGAAGAAGGCUUAGGGUGGGGGGGCAGACAUCGGGAAGGAAAGGUUGCCCCAGGUUUCUCUUUCCUUGGUCUCUUCUCAAUUUUCACCACUAUUCCUCCUCUUCGGGAGAGGAUGGAAAGUGUGGCGAUCAAAUUAGGUUGGCUGUAAAAGAAAAGAAAUCUAUGGUGCGGUGUAGACAGUCUCCGUACCUCUCAGUGGACAGGCGA